GGUUGCAAGUCAUUGUUAUGCAAAAACCAUUUCUUGCCCAUCACCACUGUGGUGGUCUGAAGGUAACAUGGCAAGACUUGUUAAUAGAGAGCUAGCUGAGGUCAACAUGGAUUAUGUGAAUCUACAGGAGUCUUCGGUAAGAAUGCAUACUAAUGGAAGGAACCUUGCUUUACCAGAUCCAAGGAGAAGGUUAUUCACACUGGUUGGUGUUGGAUUUGGACUCCUUUGCAUCGUGCAAGCUGCUCUUAACGUUUCACUCCGCCUGACUCUCUCGGCUGUUCGCAGAAAUGACACAGACCAGCAAAGAUUUCUCACUGGAAAGUAUAUCAAACAAGGAUGGGUGUAUUUUCAUACCAGUUUUUAUUUUAUUUCUUCCACCAAGAAGUCUUGGCAAGAAAGUAGAAAGUUUUGUCAGGAACAAAGUGCAGAUCUGGUGAUUAUAAACACCGAAGAGGAACAGGAUUUUACAAGACAGUUUCACAGACUCACAUGGAUUGGAGUUCAUAAUGUGUCCAGAACAGGACAGUGGACAUGGGUGGAUGGGACUCCACUGACAAAAAGCUAUUGGGGACCUGGAGAGCCAAACGGUUACGAAGGCAGAAAUGAAAACUGUGUGGAGAUAAGGUUCUUUGAUCGUCAAAACAGCUGGAAUGAUAUACCAUGUGAAGAUCAAAACUUUUGGAUCUGUGAGAAAGAAGCAGCUUUGUAAAGAAACAAUUCAAGCCAGAGAAAGGUGAAACAGAUGUGAAGUUAACUGAACUCCAAGUUCAAUCGUUGAUGAAGAAAGCUGCUUUCAGUUCUAUGCUGAAAAAUUGACUUUAGAUUUUAACUGAGGAAUAGGGUGUCAUAUAAUAAUAAUAAUUUAACUUUAUUAAUCUCACCAUUGAGCAAUUUGCCUCUGCAUUUAACCUAUCCCCUUGGGGAGCAGUGGGCUGCAUUUAUGUGGCGCACAGGGGAGCAGUAUGGGGUUAAGGGAAUAGAACUGGGUACUUCUACUGGUAACCUUCUUAGAGCAAAAGCACACUGCUCUUACCUCUAGGCCAACACUUCAAACAAUGACUCAUGCAUAAUUUACUCUGAAAGAGCAAAUAGUCAUAUGAAAGUAAUGAGUAAUAUUUUUGUUAAUUGGAAAAUAACCAGUACUGGAUGUGAGAGUUAAUUUACCUUGUUUGCCAACAUAAAAAAAAUAAUCAAAAAGUACAUUUGAAAAACUUAUAUUUAAAAUCUGAAUUCAUGUAUUACAAUUAGUACAUUGGGGGCACACACAUGCAAGAAUGAUGUGUACUGCAGGAAUCUCACCAGAGACUGCAAACAAACACAACAUAUCUAUUUUUCUGUUACCUCUAUUGUUCAACAGCAAAUAUUGAUAACACAGUAAUUGCUUGUUAUUGUUAUUUGAAUUCUUAACUUUGUAACAUUUGUUAUUGUUUUGUCAUUGUACUAUAAUUUGUGUUUGAAAUUAACUGUGUUUUUUUUUUUGUCAUGAAAGAGUCUAAGCCAACCUAAUUUAUAAAGGUAACCUUAAAA